AUGCACGAAUUACUGGGUAUGAAGAAGAACAUCCCUCGCGAGGAUUGCACGCCAAUAUUUGUUGAAUACAACAGCCAAACCCUACCGUCGACUGCCCAAGUCACCAGCUUCCAUGUCGACCAAGUUGAGAGACAGGGAUCUAGGCGUCAAAAUAGCUCAGAGUCGCGACUAACAGCUGGUUUAAGCUAUCAGUAUUACAAUGGAAGGAAUAACAGGGACAUUGUCAAAAGCACACAGCCACCAUCUCCAACACACAGCGAUCCGUUCGAUGAAGAAUUACCUAAUGACUUCAAACCGAAUUGCUGCAGUCUCGAUCGAAAACAGGCUUCCUAUCGACCCAGGACGUCUUUGAGAGGGAAAGAAGGAACCAGUAGGAGAGAGAAACUUGCUCGACAAGCUGCAACAGAUACAAGACAUGGAUAUGGAAAGGUGAAGAAUGUACAAUGGCAGCCAUUUCCUGUCUGGGCAGGUGUGAGAAGGAAGGACCCCCAACUCGUGCUUGCCCUCCCGCCGACACUCCCUGGGAACGACAAACGCACUUCCUUUCAAACGCACGCCGAUUACCUCACUUUUCGAUUCAAUCAUCUUCAAUAUGAACCACCAGAGCUGACAACAACGCCCUUGUCGAAGAACAGAAGCAGGAGCACCACGGAGCAUACUUUGCAAUCGUCAGACACAAUGCCUCCUAUCGUCCGCAUUCAACAUCCCCUCAGGGAUCAGAUAGAAGCAAUCAGGCAGGUGGAAGAAGCUCUAUCCGGUCCUGAGAUAGACGCAUCAUUCCGCGACGAGUUUGUAGCCUGGUCCCAAAAACUGGUGAAUUUGAACUUCCUAACGCGAGUCCACGCAAUGGCUCCAGACCCUGAUGGCGGGCUCAAAAUCACUGAAAAGGAUAGCCAUAGAAUCGCGGAUUGGGCGAUUGAGGUGGGCACCCGAAUCAGCGAAAGAAAAAAUAUGAUCUACAACGCCAUCAGUACUGCUGAAGAUAUUAGAGAGGAGUUCUUGGCCAUGACAGCAAGAGUGAACUUCAACACCGCGACCCUUGCAGAAUGUGAGAAGAGCUAUCAGACGAUGAGAGUCAUCAUGCAAACUCAGUGCAGCACCCCUAGCAUGUACAAAAUCGUUGCACUUGACAGAUUCAUCAGUCUUUACAGCAUCUCACUCUUUGAUCCUUUCAAGGACUUCAAAUUUCGCUUCACCAUUGUUGAAGACGCACCACCAUACGACAAAGUAGAAAUCCCAUUGGAUGUUGCUACGCCCCUCGAAGCACUCAUGAGAGUUCUCAAAGAAAUGUUUGCUUAUUACGGAGAUUUGAUCAACUUAGUCGAAAUUAUACGGCAUGAUUUCUUCGAGUCGCUCGAAGAGCGUAUUCCGGGUGCAUCAGAUCGCGCCUUGAGCUUAGUAACUGCUGCAGGACCACCGAAUCUGAUAUGA